CCCAUCUUCAAUCGCCUUUAUCGAUCUUGCUUCAUUGUGAUUGUUCCCGACAACGGCGGCGAUCUGCUGAGGUGUAAAUAUCACGACCCUCUCGACACCCUUCCCCACACUACACCUAUUGCAUUGAAUCGUCACUCGACCACAACCGCCAUCAUGUCGAAGUCCGUCGGACUUGCGGCCACGUCUGACGUGAACCGCAUCGAAGCGCCCGUCACCUGGAAAGCAUACUUGCUGUGCGCUUUCGCUUCCUUCGGUGGUAUCUACUUCGGUUACGACUCUGGUUACAUCAACGGUGUCCUCGGCGUGGUUCCCUUCGUCAAGGGCAUCAACCCAAACUACAACCCAAACGAUCCCAAGAUCGCAGGCCAGGACCAAGCUUUGAUCGUCAGUAUUCUCUCCGCUGGUACCUUCUUCGGUGCUCUCAUCGCUGGUGACGUCGCCGAAUUCAUUGGACGCAAAUGGACCAUCAUCAUCGGCUGCCUCAUCUACGCUAUUGGUGUCAUUCUCCAGACGGCGCAAUCCUCUGGUCUUGGACUCAUCGUUUCCGGCCGUCUCAUCGGCGGAUUCGGUGUCGGUUUUGAAUCUGCCAUUGUCAUCCUCUACAUGUCCGAGAUUUGCCCGCGUAAAGUUCGUGGUGCACUCGUCUCAGGAUAUCAAUUUUGCAUCACUAUCGGUCUGCUGAUCGCAGCUUGUGUCGCCUACGCGUCCAAGGACCGCACCGAUAGCGGGGCAUACCGCAUCCCGAUUGCCAUUCAAUUCUUGUGGGCACUCAUCCUCGGUGGUGGUCUCCUCUUCCUCCCUGACUCACCCCGCUACUUCGUCAAGCGUGGACGUGUUGAAGACGCUCGCAAGUCUCUCGCCAUUCUUCGUGGUCAGCCCGGCACGAGUGAGUACGUCGAGGCCGAGCUCGCCGAGAUCGUUGCCAACGAGGAGUACGAGCGUUCGGUCAUCCCGGCCACUGGUUGGUAUGGCAGCUGGGCCAACUGCUUCAGCGGAUCCGUCUUCAAGUCAAAUUCCAACCUGCGCAAGACCAUUCUCGGUACCUCACUCCAGAUGAUGCAGCAGUGGACCGGUGUCAACUUCAUCUUCUACUACUCGACUCCCUUCCUCCAGUCCACUGGCGCCAUCGACAACGUGUUCUUGAUCUCGCUGAUCUUCACGCUUGUCAACGUGUGCUCGACUCCCAUCUCUUUCUACACUGUUGAGAAGUUCGGUCGUCGCCCACUUCUGAUCUGGGGAGCUUUCGGCAUGUUGAUCUGCCAGUUCCUUGUCGCCAUCAUUGGUGUCACUGUCGGUUUCAACAAGACCUACGUCAUCGGACAGGAUGCGGCCGGUAACAACAUUCUCCGUGCUUUCAAUCUCAGCGCAGUCAACGCUCAGAUCGCGUUCAUCGCAAUCUUCAUCUUCUUCUUCGCUUCCACCUGGGGUCCAGGUGCCUGGGUCCUGAUCGGAGAGAUCUUCCCUCUGCCGAUCCGAUCUCGCGGUGUUGCUCUCUCCACUGCCUCCAACUGGCUGUGGAACACCAUCAUCGGUGUCAUCACUCCAUUCAUGGUCGCCGAGGACAAGGGCAACCUCAAGUCCAGCGUCUUCUUCGUGUGGGGAGGUCUCUGCACCUGCGCCUUCGUCUACGCCUACUUCCUCAUCCCUGAGACCAAGGGUCUGUCCCUCGAGCAGGUCGACAAGAUGAUGGAGGAGACCAGCCCGCGUACCUCCGCCAAGUGGCGUCCUACCACCACGUUCGCCUCCCAGAUGGGUCUCAACAACGGCGAGAAGCUUGACACCGCGGUCGUCGACGGUGUUGCCCGCAGCGGCUCCGUCUACUAGAAAGAGCUUGUAUUUUCGGGGUCGGUGUUUGAUGUUUUGGGUUCAUGCUAUCGCGGCCAUACCACAGCAGGAGCAGCGUUCGUAAUCCGGCGCCAGAGCUUGGAAUGAGUGAACGAUGAUAGCAUAGGAUACGAUGAAAGCCACGAGACG